AUGCCCUAUGCACUUAAUACAAUGGACAUUUAAGUUAAAAUGGUACUAAAAUAGAGAAAAUAAGAGUUAAAAUUUAGAAAAAAAAAUCUAAAAUAUAGAAUAUAGAAUAUAUUAAAAUAAUUAAAUUUACAAGAGGAAAUAAAUAUAAAUUAAUAUUUGGAGAAGUAACAAUUGUAAUUAUAAGAAUUGUAAGUAAAUCAAGCUAAAAUUAUAGGAGAUCGAAUAAUGGUUUAAAGAGUGGCUGAAUUGAAAGAAAUAUAAUAAAAAGUUUAAUUUGUUGGAGAAAGGAUAAAGAAACUUAAUAAUAUAAUUGAAUUGUAAAUAAGUUUGAAUGAAAAACAAGAUCAGAUUUUUCAAUUUUAUAAAUAAAUGUUGGAGUGA